AAUGAUUAUAGUGGAACUUCACCGUAACAAUGGCGGACGAAACAGAGCCGCAAGUGCCAGCUCAGAUUGUGGAGGAGCCCCUGGAUCUGAUACGUCUCAGUCUGGAUGAGAGGAUCUAUGUGAAGAUGCGCAACGACAGGGAGCUCAGGGGACGGCUGCAUGCCUAUGACCAGCAUUUGAACAUGAUUAUGGGAGAUGUGGAGGAGACAGUCACAACCGUGGAGAUCGACGAAGAAACAUAUGAGGAGAUAUACAAGUCUACAAAGAGAAACAUCCCCAUGCUGUUUGUGCGUGGAGACGGUGUGAUACUGGUGUCUCCUCCCAUGAGGACCGGCACAUAAUUGUCUUCUCAUGCAUUUUGCUUUUCAUUUGUUAUCACCAUCAAAAAUCAUUAUAACAUUCAAAUAUAGAACUUCUAUGUUAGUUUGAAAAAAAGAUCUAACUCAUGAAGAGCCUCUCAAAGGGAAGUUACAUUUCUUUAAUGGCGGUCAACUCCUGCAGACUAAAAUAACUCAGCGUCUAUUGAACAUUUGAAAGGGUUUCAACUUCUUCAUACUUUUAAAGGGUCUUAACUCUUAAGUGUUACCAGUACAAGAUAUUGAAAACGUGGUUUAAGCAAAUUUGUUAUGAAAUAUUUUUUUGUGCCAGUUGGUAAGCAUUGUGUAUGCCUAUAGUCGCAAAUGUUAAUAGAACUGAAUUCAACCAAUAAAGAUGUUUAAAUAG